CUCGUCCGUGCCGUGCUGACAGUCCCAAAACUCGAGUGCUUGACCGAAUAUAGGAACGCCCAUCGGGUUCUAUUAAGCAAAUAGCUGUAAGUUGGUCUACGUUCUGCUUCGCAAAAGGCGCUUAACUCGGUAGUCCUGACUCUAAACCCAUCUUCGUAUAGUUGGCAGCAAUUAAAUGUUUACGGCCCGGUAUUGCUUAGUGGUGCCUAGGACGACCUGAAGUCAAGAGGAAUAUAAGCCGCUGCCGUCUCUUGCCCGAAAGGGAGCUUUACGAAAUGGCUAGCGGAGCGGCACCGCCAAACGGGCGAAGGACGGCAGUGCGUAUGUUACAGAAGCCAAGCUUUGAAAAGGAGGUUUCAGGAUGCGCUCCAAUCGUCGCGACCAACUCCCGCACACCCCCACCAGCGACACCAGUCCUCCCACCUCAACCACCAUCAAUAAGUUCUUCCCAGCGACGGCGAAGCGCUUGCAUUCCUUUCUCUGCCUGCGAUGAGUUUCCCGUUCCUGACAGCAGCGCAUCAACUGGCGCCAUGGGCUGCUCCACCGCACCCUCCUCUCCUUGUAUACCCCGCCGCACAACCAACAUCGACGGCUUCCUAAGCGGCGAUUUUGAUCUCAACUCGCAUUACCACAUGUCCGUUCCACUAACCCUUCUCAGUCUACACAACGGUGGCGGACGCCACACUCCCCGCAUGGCAAGCCAUAAAGAUGGCGCAACCACUCCCCUCGCAUCUCCCUCGCUACUCUCCAGGGAGGGCUCCUCCAGCCUCAGUGGCCUAAGCGAUGCUGGAGGAGCCCACGUCAGCAACGGCAGCAAUGUAAUCGAUGAUGCCAGCGGCAUGGCGAUCCCUAUCACCGCAACCGGUAUCAGCUCUCGCAGGAUGUCCGUUGACUUAUCCCUGGCGGGCGGCUCUCCUCCCAAGCGCUGCAUCACCCCCCUCACAACAGCUCCAAACCCAUUCCAAUGCUCCUCGUCUUCCCCAUUCCAUGGACCCAUCACCAAUCUCGGUGCAGCAGCAUCAAGCGGUGCUGCCGCUGGCAGCGCCUGCGUCCCUGCCAACGGCACUGCGCCUCUCUCUGCACGCAGCAACGGUCGGAACUCCUUAGGCAGCAUCCCUGCCAUUCCAGGCCUAACCGCACCCGCCGGCGGCGACCACACGCAGCCUUUCUCCACCUCAGCCCCACUUCCUUCCGCGACCAGCAUGACUGCCAGCGCUACCGGGGUCACGGGCACCCCACUGUCCCCGCCGUCCUCAACACCACCAGCCACAGACGCUACCACUGCGGCCGCCGGGGGCUGCAUGAGCAACGGCGUCACCCUGCCCGCGCACCUGUGCCCUCAGCGCCCGCCUACCCCCGUCUGCAAGGAGGAGGAGCUCCUCGUCUCCAUGCGCCACAUGGCGUCCCCCACCCGGCGCCGCUCGCGCUUUGCAACGGCAACGGAGUCCUCCAUGCUGGCCGCUGCAGCAGCGGCCGUCGCAGAUGAGAUGGCAGGCGACGGCCCCCUGCUGUUGGACGCCUCAACCCACAUAGGAAGCUGCAACGGCGGUACGGAUGCUGGUGCUGACAUGGCCAGGGAACCCCGAUCUCGGCGAUCUGGGUUGGUGCCGAUCCACGUCGGCACUGGUGCGGAUGGUGGGGUUGGCUGCUGCGGCGCCCCUGGAGCACUGGAGGUCAUGGCUUCGGGGCCGUCUUGGUCGUCUGCUGGCGGCGCGAGCUCACGGAAAACAGCCUCGCAGCUGCUGAGUGUGCCAGAGGAAUCCGCAUCGCGUCGGUCCACACGGGAAGAUGUGUCUGCUCCCCAGCUUCACUUUCCCGCCCAUGCAGCCUCAGCCGGCAUCUCAGCCGCCUCUGCCGACUGCUCCUUCUUGACAUCCAGCAACAUCUCAUCCCUGCACAACAGCACUCCCAUCAGCAGCAGCACCAACAACUACCUGGGAGCUGGCGUUUCCUCCUUCUCCUCCUUCUCAUCGUCCUCCAGUCGAACGGGGCCGUUGGGUGCGAUAGGGUCCUCAGGCGCUGCAUGCAUGCCCGCAGCAGGGCUUGGCGUCAGCAUCGCUGCAAGCCGACGACUACGCAUGAACAGUAGCAGCAGCAGCAACGUCGACUCCGGCCUGGUGCUUCUGGCCCCGGAAAGUGCACCCUCCUCCUUCACCCGUGGUGCUGCUGGCUUCGCUGGUGCUACAGGGGGACCCGCUGCUGCCGCCUCCCCGCACAGCUUCAGCGGUCCAGUGUACGGCAGCAGCAGCUCCAACGCUACUGCAACCGCCGCAACUGCUGCCGCGGUUGCUGGCAGCGGUGGCGUCAGCGUUAGCGUGAUGGGCGCUGCCCCUCCCAAGGAUGACUCAUUAAGCAGCUUCAUGACAAGCCGAGUGCCGCCAGCUAGCGCGGCGAAUGGUAGCAGUACGACAGGAGGCGGCAGCAGCAGCGGUACGGCAGCUGUAGCAACUGCUGCUGCUGCGGCGGCGUCGGCGGCAGCUGGCGGAGUAGUCUCCAGUAGCAGACGAUGCUCUAUGGUGACGUGAACGGCGGUGAAUACGGGAUGACGCAUGAGCAAUUUUGGUCAAUAACGGCGGCAGCUGGUGCUGACAGCUAGCAUGUCGUCUGGUAGUUGGGGCAGUUCGGUGAGUUGCAGGAAUGACGCCCGGGAAGAGCAGCAGCAGCAUCUAGACAGGGGCUACACAGGAGCAGACCGGAGCCAGGUGCAACAUGAUCCGAGCUAGGGUGGGCUGGUUGGCAGAGCUGAUCUGGACCUGGCGGUUUGGAAUUGUGCACAAGGAAGGGUCUCAGGUUGUAGCUGUUAGUUAUUCACAUCUAUUGGUCUGUAAGUGUGGUUUGUAUGUGGGACAGAAGUGUGAGCAUGCCAGAAGGGCGGUAUGAAAGACGUGUGAGCGUGCACGGGUGCUGAGCUGAUGAUGUGCGCGUGCGAUUUGGGGAAUGGACCAAACCAGCGACUGGGAUUCAGCCUGUUGGGUAAUGUAUAUUCUACUUUGGCUGCGCAGGCCAACCCUGUUUGCAAAUGCAAACGGACCGCGGGCAGAGGGACAUGAUGAUUGUCGUCAUGCGAUUACUCGGUCAUCCCGUCGUUUGUUGUCCAUUAUCGUAUCCCGUUGGGUGACGUGCGCGGUGGCCCACAUCUUUGUUGAGGCGGGCAGUUGGGUGACUGAAUCCAAUUGAGAUCACAUGAGCAGGACGGGAUGGAGAGAAACGAAUGUUGGCAACAAACAAGAUGCCGUCAAAUGUGGCGUUAAGAUGCGAUGCCUGCGUGUGCACGGCUGGUAUGGAGAAGAGAAGGCACGGAACUGCAAAAGUUCUUACAGUUGUUAUUAACGGACGUGCGUGUUGCAGUAGUACGGAAUGUCUACCGUACGCCAGCUGUUGAGGCGUGGUGAAGAUUCGCAGGGCCUUCGUAUCCACGGGGGCUGCGUACCAUGAAGCCUCAAUUUUAGCCGAAUUGGGGUCUUCACGUUUCCGGCAAAGCCUUUCCAGUUUUUUGUUGCGUCAUUUAAGCGAUUGACAGCUGGGUUGGUUUGGGUUGGUAGUGAGUUCGUCACAACCCAAUGGGGGAGUUCCUACACUCCUCUGGGACUAUACACACGUUUCGUAUCUGCCACGGCUUUAAGGUGAGGUCGACUUGAGUUGUGGUUUCCGGCCCGAGGAAGGACCGAACCGUGGGUCGAUCGGUUGUGCACCGUUCGACUCGUGGCCAAACUAGGGAAGCAGCAAAGUGCGGAAUGCGUGCGUGCGAUGCUUUGGGGAGCGGAGUAAAAGGGCGUUCAUGCGAUUGCUUCGAUAGUGAUAUCUUGCUGAUUGUUAUUAUACUAUGGUUUGCAUACCGUAAUAGGUUUGCCUGCUGAGGGCAAUUAAGCCGUCGGAGGAAAGGUGUUGCUCAGGCUUUAUGCCUUUUGACCUUGCUUGGAGACUGGUGAAGUAAGUUCUAAGCUCUAAGCUGAGGGGAUUGAAGCUCUAAGCUGAAGGGAUUUGCAGGUGCUGUCAGGUGGUGUGCUAGAAUGUUGCAUUCGCAGUGACCCGUGGUCGCGUUGGUGUUUCAACGAGUGUUUGUUUCGGCAUGAACAGGCCUGCUCGACAUGGCGGCCGAAUGGACAUCCAGACGAGUUGAUUGUUGUGGGGUUGCACGCCUCUGCCUAACCAACUUCACGCUUCAUCCCAAGCCACGGAUCUAGGUUUGCAAAGACCAUCUGUGUCGUCUCGCUGCUAUUCGCAGUUGCGUUAAGGAGUUUGCAAGUAAAGAGAUAUUUGAUGGGAGGGUUAUGUAUGCACGUUUGCAGGACACAUGCAUGCAUGCAGCAUGCGGUGUGCGUUGGCCGCGAGUAGGAACUUGCGUUUUUUGUGUGUUUUGUGCAUCCGCCCUUCCCUUGGAGUGUGUUUGGGAGGUCACAUGAGCCAGUGCCUUUGCAUGUGAGAGCACAUACACAUUUAGGCGAAUGAGAGCGGAGGCGGGGAAGGUGGGCUCCCAGUGACCAUCUAGUGGUUUGGAACCUAUUGGAAGAUUCUGUGGUGAGGCUUGUUGGGCGCUUUAGUACCGGUGGUGGUGUUGCUCCUGUGAUUGUGCUUUGGCUGGCUUGGAAACUCAUCGUAAUCACUUGAGAGGAUGUAUUGGUAGGAAACCACUGUACGGAGGAUGGGUUUCGAGCGGCAUAACACCCACCCGCAAUUCCCCUUGUGCAAAUAUCGAACCUUCACCUGAACUAGACGUUAACUGUCUGGACGAAUGCGGCCUAACCGUUAAUGCGCCCCAAGCUGUGGCUUUGGGCUGACCCUGGCUCGUACUCUAGGGAAUUGAGAUUUCGUAAUGACGUACAUAAAUGCAUGUUUCUGCUUUCGCACUCCAUAAUUUCAAUCCGUCUUUCGUCGUACCAUUGGAAUGGUUGGUUGGUUGGUAGAUAUGCACUUAGCUGUUAUGGAUAUUUAUUACGGUUGCAUGGGAAGCAGCGGUAUGGCAUUUUGAGGCACACGCAGGUUGGAGCCUUUGGGCUGCUUGCCUCUGGAUGCGUAUUGGUGUGGAUGCAUCCAUUUAAAGUAUGCGGAAAGGACGGUGUAUGUGUUGCUGGUAGCCUGCAUUGCUUGUUAACUAUCACUAUACACGCUCUCCGUGUGCUCUUGUGCGCCGACUUCCAUAGCACGGAGGCACGGCUAAUGAUGUCCCCUGGAUGUGAUCCUUAGUUCGUGAGCUGUCGAGUAAAGGCUUCCAGCCGGUCACGACAUAUACUACUAGUUGCAUUCUACAC